UUUUCCUUCCCUCCCUUCAGGAUCCACUGUUUCAAUGGUGCACCUGUCUUCGUCUCCUUUUGGUUACCAGUCACCUUCAGGCCAUUCAGAGGAGGGAAGAGAGGGGAAUAUGAAGUCAGCCAAGCCCCAAGUGAACCACAAUCAACAUGGGGAAAGCCAGCGGGCCAUGAGCCCCUUGCAGUCUCCUCUCGGUUCUGUUUCCUCUCCUUCUCAAGCAUAUGAGACCUAUAUUGAUAAUGGACUCAUAUGCCUUAAACACAAAAUUAGAAACAUCGAGAAAAAGAAGCUCAAAUUGGAAGAUUAUAAGGAUCGUCUGAAAAAUGGAGAGCAACUUAAUCCAGACCAGUUGGAAGCAGUAGAGAAAUAUGAAGAAGUGCUACAUAACUUAGAAUUUGCCAAGGAGCUUCAGAAAACCUUUUCAGGACUGAGCCAGGAUCUGCUUAAAGCUCAGAAGAAGGCCCAGAGAAGGGAGCACAUGCUCAAACUCGAGGCUGAGAAGAAAAAGCUUUGCACCGUACUUCAAGUUCAGUAUGUAUUACAGAACUUGAUGCAGGAGCAUGUACAGAAGGACUUGAAAGAGGGCUUGAAUGGUGCAGUGUAUUUGCCUUUAAAAGAACUUGACUACCUCAUUAAAUUUUCAAAACUGACCUGCCCUGAAAGAAAUGAAAGUCUGAGUGUUGAAGACCAGAUGGAGCAGUCAUCCUUAUACUUUUGGGACCUUUUGGAAGGUAGUGAGAAAGCGGUGGUAGGAACGACAUAUAAACAUAUGAAAGAUCUACUGUCUAAAUUGCUGAACUCAGGCUAUUUUGAAAGUAUCCCAGUUCCAAAAAAUGCUCAGGAAAAAGAAAUAUCAUUGGAGGAAGAAAUGCUAAUAAAAUCAGAGAAGAAAAAACAAUUAUUGAAGACUGAAUCUGUCAAAGAGUCAGAGUCUCUUGUGGAACUUACACAGCCAGAGAUACAACCACAAGAGUUUCUUAACAGACGCUACAUAACAGAAGUAGAUUAUUCAAGCAAACAGAAUGAAGAACAGUCUUGGGAAGCAGGUUAUGCUAGAAAACCAAAUCUCUCCAAAUGCUGGGAUGUGCUUACUGAACCAGAUGGCGAGAAGAAACAAGAAUCCUUUAAGUCCUGGGAGUCUUCUGUUAAGCACCAGGAGCUAACAAAGCCUGCAGUUUCCUUAGAAGAGAGGAAACAAGAGAUUGCAAAACUCAGGUCCACUUUGCAGGAAGAACAGAAGAAGCAGGAUGUCUCCAAACCCAAGCUAACUCCUAGCCAAUGGAAGCAAGAAACUCCUAAAUCCAAAGCAGGAAGUGCUCAGGAUGAACAGAAGAAGCAGGAGACACCAAAGCCGUGGCCAGUUCAGCUGCAGAAAGAACAGGAUCCCGAGAAGCCAACUGCGAAGUCUUGGACACCUUCUCUGCAGAGUGAACAGGACAUCAGCAAGUCAUGGACCACUCCCAUGUGUGUAGAACAGGAUUCAAGACAGCCAGAGACUCCUAAAUCCUGGGAAAAUGAUGUUGAGAAUCAAAAACGCCCUUUAACACCGCCAUCACAGAUUUCUCCAAAGUCCUGGGGGGCAGCUGCAGGAAGCCUCAUACCAAAUGACCAGCUCCUGCCCAGGAAGUUUAAUGCAGAACCCAAAGAUGUGCCUAAGCCUAUGCAUCUGCCUGUAGGUUCUUCCUCUACCCUUCCAAAGGAUCCAGUAUUAAGGAAUGAAAAACUGCAGGAUCUGAUGACCCAGAUUCAAGGAACCUGUAACUUUAUGCAAGAAUCUAUUCUGGAUUUUGACAAACCUUCAAGUGCAAUUCCAUCAUCACAGCCGCCUUCAGCUACUCCAGGUAGCCCAGUAGCAUCCGCAGAACAAAAUCUAUCCAGUCAAAAUGAUUUUCUUCAAGAGCCAUUACAGGCUGCUGCUUCUCCAGUUACCUGCAGCGCAAAUGCUUGCUUGGCUCCCGAUCAGGCUUCUUCGGGAUCUGAAACAGAGUUUUUGACCUCAGAGACUCCUGAGGCAGCAGUUCCCCCAUGCAAGCCACCAUCUCCACUGGCCUCUCCAAAUCCUCCCAUGUCAAAGGGCCCUGAACAGGGCUUCCAGUCAGCUCCAGCAAGUAGUAGUUCAGUAACUAUUAGCACAGCACCCUUUCAAGCCAUGCAGACGGUAUUUAAUGUUAAUGCACCUCUGCCUCCAAGGAAAGAACAAGAAAUAAAAGAAUCCUCCUAUUCACAUGGCUACAAUCAAAGUUUUACUACAGCAAGUACACAAACACCACUCCAGUGCCAACUGCCAGCUAUACACGUAGAACAAACUGUUCUUUCCCAAGAGACUGCAGCAAAUUAUCCUGAUGGAACUAUUCAAGUAAGCAAUGGUAGCCUUGCCUUUUACCCAGCACAGACGAAUUUAUUUCCCAGACCCUCCCAACCAUUCGGCAAUACCCGGGGAUCUGUGAGAGGAUGUACUCGUGGUGGGAGAUUACUAACCAAUACGUACCGGUCCCCUGGUGGUUAUAAAGGUUUUGAUGCUUAUAGAGGACCUCCUUCAGUUUCCAAUGGAAAUUAUAGCCAGCUACAAUUCCAAGCAAGAGAGUAUCCUGGAACACCUUAUUCCCAAAGGGAUAAUUUCCAGCAGUGUUACAAGAGAGGAGGGACAUCUGGUGGUCCUCGGGCAAAUUCAAGAGCAGGGUGGAGUGAUUCUUCUCAGGUGAGCAGUCCAGAAAGAGACAACGAAACCUUUAACAGUGGUGACUCUGGACAAGGUGACUCCCGUAGCAUGACCCCUGUGGAUGUGCCAGUGACAAAUCCAGCAGCCACCUUACUGCCAGUACAUGUCUAUCCUCUGCCUCAGCAGAUGCGAGUUGCCUUCUCAGCAGCCAGAACCUCUAACCUCGCCCCUGGAACUUUAGACCAACCUAUUGUGUUUGAUCUUCUUCUGAACAACUUGGGAGAAACUUUUGAUCUUCAGCUUGGUAGAUUUAAUUGUCCAGUGAAUGGCACUUAUGUUUUCAUUUUUCACAUGCUAAAGCUGGCGGUGAAUGUGCCACUGUAUGUCAACCUCAUGAAGAAUGAAGAGGUCUUGGUAUCUGCCUACGCCAAUGACGGUGCUCCAGACCAUGAAACUGCUAGCAAUCAUGCGAUUCUUCAGCUCUUCCAGGGAGACCAGAUAUGGUUACGUUUGCACAGGGGAGCCAUUUAUGGAAGUAGUUGGAAAUAUUCUACAUUUUCAGGCUAUCUUCUUUAUCAAGAUUGAAAGUCAGUACAGAAUUGACAAAAGGAUGGUGUUCUAAUUAGAGGGAUUAAAGGAAAAGUAGUCCUUGACCUUGUUACUAAUUGGUUUAGGGAAAUGUUUUCAUUCCUAGAGGAAG